AUGCGAUUUCACGAUGCACCUUUAUUAGAAACACUGACUAUUAAACUCGGUCUAGAAUGUCCCACUGAUGUUGAUGUUGUAAAGUGGGUUGCAAAAGCAGUUGAUCGUUACGUGCUGCGUAAGUUAGAGUUCGAGCUCAGCUGGAAUAAUGAGCCGAUGAGAAUGCCUAAUAGCCUUUACACUUGCGAGACGCUUACGAAACUGACUCUUUCCGACAAUGUUCUUGUGGAUGUUCCUUGUCCGGUUUAUCUCCCAUCACUUCACCGGCUCUAUCUUCUCAAUGUUGUGUACAAAGACGAAGAUUCGCAUGUCAGGCUUUUAUUAGGUUGCCCCGUUCUCAAGCGUCUGAUGGUGAUUCGACAUAAUGAUGUGGAUGAUAAUGCGAGAAAGUUCACUGUGAAAGUGCCUUCUUUACUGGAAUUAAUGUAUAUGAAUACAUGCUUUGGAGAUUACGUUGAUGAAUGA